CACUAGGUCACUUGGGCACAAUGUUUUGAAAAUGCUGGUGAAUAGAAAUCCACUUUUAUUCGACAUUACAUCAGAAUGCAAAACCACUAAAGCCAGAGUAGGUAAAAUGGUUUUGCCGCAUGGUGUUGUAGAUACACCAGUUUUCAUGCCAGUGGGAACACAAGGAACCCUCAAAAGUAUGCUACCAGAACAACUAGAUAAUAUGGGGCUUCAAAUAAUGCUAGCCAACACAUACCAUUUGGGAACAAAUCCUGGCCCUGAAAUCUUGAAAAGAGCCGGCGGUCUACACAAAUUCAUGAACUGGGACAAACCACUCCUCACUGAUUCAGGAGGAUUUCAGAUGGUGUCCCUACUGAAGCUAGCAGAAAUCACAGAAGAAGGUGUCAAAUUUCAAUCUCUGAAUGAACAUAAAGGGGAAGUUAUGUUGACCCCUGAACAUUCAGUAGAAAUACAGAAUGCCAUAGGUGCUGAUAUAAUAAUGCAGCUAGAUGAUGUGAUAACAACUACUUCCCCUGAUUAUGAUAGGAUAAAAGAGUCAGUGCACAGGACAACAAGGUGGCUGGACAGAUGUAUAGAAGCUCAUGCCAAUCCAGAGACUCAAAAUGUAUUUUCCAUUGUUCAAGGAACUUUGUAUGAGGACUUGAGAAGAAGAAGUGCAGCUGAUCUAGUCAAAAGAGAUGUGAAUGGAUAUGCUAUUGGAGGUUUGAGUGGUGGGGAGAGUAAAGACGAUUUUUGGAAAAUUGUUCAUUUAUGCACAGACCUAUUACCAAAGGGUAAACCAAGGUAUCUUAUGGGUGUAGGGUUUGCAAUAGAUUUGGUAGUUUGUUCUGCCCUAGGUGUUGAUAUGUUUGAUUGUGUUUUUCCAACAAGAACAGCACGAUUCGGUUGCGCCCUAACGAUGACAGGCCAAAUCUCCCUGAGAAAACCCGAGUACGCCAAAGACUUCGCGCCCAUCGACAAAGACUGCUCUUGCCACACGUGUCGAACCUACACCAGGGCCUUUUUGCACGGAAUAGUCUCCGAUUUGCCGGUAGCGUGCACGCUGCUCACCGAACAUAACCUCGCUUUCCAGAUGCGGCUCAUGCGAGGCAUCAGGGACAGCGUGAGGGAAGAAAGGUUUCCGGAGUUUGUGAGGAAAUUCAUGUUGGAUUUGCACCCAGAUCGGGAUUAUCCCAGCUGGAUACGGGAGUCCCUGAGCGCCGUUAAUAUCGAUUUGUUGUGAUGGUUGUUAGGGUGGAAAACUUCAUGAACGACCGGAUUUCCACAUAUUUCUCAAAAAAAAAAAACAUGUUUUGCUAACACAGUCGUGGUUUCUUCAAAGUGAAAUGAAUUUACACAUACUUAUUAGGAAUUCGAAUUACUUGCCAGCAACUCCUUUAUGUCGGAAGGUAUAACAAUAUCUACAUUAUUGAAAUUUGGGGUGACGAAAUAACUGAUGCAAAUAUUAACUACUUGCCAAACAGUGUUGGAAAAAGUCAUGACUUUUAUGAAAAAGUCAAAGAAGUCCUACUUUUGGAACUAUUCGUACUUUUUUGAAUUAAUUCAAGCGAA